UGAGGGCGGGACAACCAUGGGUAUCACGGAGUUCUACCUGGAGAUCGACCCGGUAACGCUGAACCUCAUCAUCCUCAUCGCCAGCUACGUCAUCCUGCUGGUAGUCUUCCUCAUCUCCUGCAUUCUGUACGACUGCCGUGGCAAGGACCCCACCAAGGAAUACGCCCCCGAGCCAGUGGCCGCGUCCCCGCAGUCACCCCUCCCUCUGGUGGUCAAGCAGGGCUCCCCAGCCUCUGCUCACUCAGCGCUCACCCCCACGGCCACCGCCAAUCUACACGAGAAGAGGAGCACGCUGGUCUGA